AAAUGUCAGGGCCACGGGAAUGUAACCAACUAGGUAUAUAUAAAGUGAGGAUAGAAGAGUCGGGCAUUAAGCUUCGGAGGCGAGCAGAAGAAAGGAUGAGUUUCUCUGGUACAAUGUUGAUGGGUGUCAUCGCUCUGGCGAUGGGCAGGGCAUCAAGCUCCUUUGUUCCUGAGCCUCGCCUCCUGAGUACCCUUUCCUGUGGCUCCCAUACCAUGAAACCAGGGGAACGAGUCGCCAUCCAGUCACCCAAUUUCCCUUCCAAUUACAAAAUCAAUGACAGGUGCCAGUACGAGAUUACCUGUCAACCAAUGGAAUCGACUUCCCUUGAAUUUAUAUGUCCCAGUUUCCAACUAGAAUCCUCGUCAGACUGUUCUGCUGACCGUUUCAUUUUGGCGUCUCGUGGAAAUCGUGUUGUGAAAUGUGGUUCCAAUUCUCCUGAUGGCACCAAGACAUCAGAUGGAUGGUCAAGAAUCACCUUCUUCAGCAACGGCCAAAAAACCGCCAAAGGCUUCCGAUGCUACGUGUGGUGCCGUGCUCAGACAACAACACCUUCUACCACCACUGAUGCAACUACAACUACUCCAACAACCACCACUGCUACUACCACCGGAACAACAACUACUGGAACCACCACUGCUGCUACUACCGGAACAACUACUACUGAAGCCACCACCACCGGAACUACUACUGCUGGAACCACCACCACAGGAGCAAGCACCACAGCUGCCUCUACAACCACAGCCAAUUGUGCCAGGUAGAUAUACAGGAGACAACAUUCAGCACCAUCUUCAAAGAAAGUUCUAAAGCCUAUCUAGCAAAACUUAUCAUUCCCGUCUAGAAUUACAAAUGUUCUUGAAAUACUGUUAUCUCCACACUUGCAUAACUUUCAUGGAAGGAAUGUAAUUGUAUCUCACUUCAAGUUAAAUGAAGAUAUAAGGAACAGAUUGUCAGUUCUAAAUAAAAGGGACGCAGACAAAAGCAAA